GAGGAGCGCCGUGUGUCACAGAAGCAGCACCACUUGAAGUGGGUGGCGGCGCGUUAUCAGCACCCUCCGAAAAGAGCCCGUCUCCUCCGCGGCCGGCGAGGAGGGCGGAACAUGUUUGUGCCGGAACCACUGCGCCGCUGGGUUGGGCAGCCAGACGGAGGGAAUGACGCGGCUAGGAAACGACCAAGGCGAAGCAGCCCUUAGGCCUUGACCUCGAGCGGGAGGCGAAGCGGGGUGAUGGUCAGAGGUCAGGCCGCGGCCGCCGCGGCGGUGGAGAGCGCGAGGAAGGGCUUUUUGGCUCCGCAAGGGCCGCGCGGCUUCGUCCUCCCGCCGGGCCCCGCCCGCUCCCGCCGUUGCCUAGGAGACUGGAAGCGCACCGGCUCCCUCGCGCCGGGACUCGGGCGGGGCGGCGGCGGCGCGAGCUCCUUCCCGGGAGGCCGGCGCGGGACGGGGCUUUGCUUCCUCAGCCUGGGCGCGGGGGGCCGGUGCCCAGCCGCUGGGGCGCGAGAUGUGAAUAUCCAUGCAUCAUAUCCACAACUUGAAAACAAGAGUAGUUUUCCCCCAUCAGGAAACAGGAAGCUUUAUUUUGACACCCAUGCCUUUGUAUGCCUUCUAGAAGAAAAUGGAUUCACUACUCAGCAGUCUGAGAUUAUUGUGUCUGCUUUAAUAAACAUCAUAAAUAACAACAUGAAUGUGAUAUACAAAGACAUGGUCACAAAAGUGCAACAGGAAAUUGCUCUUCAGCAGAUAAUGUCUCAUAUUGGUGGUGUGAAAAAAGACAUGAUUAUUUUGGAAAAGAGUGAAUUUUCAGCACUUCGAGCAGAAAAUGAGAAAAUAAAACUUCAACUUUACCAGCUAAGAAAGCAAGUAAUGGAUGAAGUUUCCAAAGUUCGUACAGACAGCAAGCUAGAUUUCAACUUGGAAAAGAGCAGAACAAAAGAAUUGUAUUCGCUUAAUGAGAGGAAACAGUUGAAAAUGAGAACAGAAGUAGUGGAAUUGCAUGCCCAACAGGACAGAGCUUUAACACAGACGUACAGGAAAAUAGACACUGAAGUUGCAGGCCUGAAAACAAUGCUUGAAUCGCACAAACUUGACACCAUUAAAUAUUUAGCAGGUUCAGUAUUUACAUGCCUUACAGUCGCACUGGGGUUUUACCGUUUAUGGAUAUAACAAAGCAUCUCUCUUGAAAGGACUUGUACUAUCUUGCCUUACCAAACAAAAAACAAACAAAAAAACCCUACAAAGAAGUAUUGUCACUUUUUUUGAAAUAAUGUAGUCUUUACUUCAGAGUCACUGCCAUUUUAUUUAUUUGUUUAGACUACAGAAUGUAGCCAAAGAAUGUGCCUCAGAACAAAUGUAAGUACUGAAAUACUGAUAGAAACAUAGCCUGGAAUCACAGGCAACUGUAUUUUGCACAUCAGAGCCCACUCAUCUAAAUUUUUGUGUGUCUCUGGGCUAUUGUAAAACUAAAAUGUCAGGUUAUAAACAUAUCAAGCAUGAUAAGUUAUAGUAGAAUGUACUAGGGUUUUAUAUGUCAAGUACCAAGGGAGGGAAAAAUAUAAGCAUUCUUUUUGACAUCAUUCCUUCAGAGGUGAAAAAUUAUUCAAUUAAAUUGCAAGUUAUCUUUCCACUAGUGUUGAUAAAACACUAUGGGUGGAAUUCAACAUCACACUUUUCCAGUCGUUCUAUCUGUGCAAUUGUUCCAGUCUGCCAGCUGGAACAAUGCCUCCCCCUCUCCACCCCACACACUUACUGUUUGGGAAUUCUCCUGGUCUCCCCAGAACCAAUUUUGGGGAUCACAGGGAGAGGGCAGGAGAAAGCCCCAUUGUGCAAACAAAAAUCCUAGCACAGGGCUUCCACAGAUGGGGCUGGUUAGUUGAAUCACACCCAUUGUAAAUAUUUUAUUGUACUUUAAUAGAUUGACAGGUUUUAUUGUGGUCUGCUGUUGUAAAAUUCCGUCCAAAUAAUAAUGUUUUACGAGCAGAUGUAGAAAUAUCAUGUUCAUAAGCAAAUGCCAAAGAAACGAUAGACUAGAAACCACCACAUGCUAGCCGUUACCUUGAUAUAAAAGUGGAAAAAAUAAAGCUCAGUGAGAUACAUGAGCUUUUUAUAUAGGCACUGAAAAUUUCUUGGUUGAUAGAAGAGAGUGGCCUCCAUUCAAAAAUUUAGGAAAACUAAGGUAGAGUUCAUUGAGGGAAAAUAAGAAGCAGAUAGUGCAGUCUUAUACAUAUCUACUUAAAACCACUUAGAAGGCAUUUUGGUAAGUAAGCAGUGUAUAAAGUAGUGAUAAUCAUAUUAAUAGUAAGUUCUGAUGAGAUCAUUGGAGCAUGAAAGCAAACUCAGAUGCAGCUCAGUAGUAGGAAAAUUCACUAGAAUGAUUGUCUUUUGUGGGGUGUCUUGAACAGUUUGAAAAUAUUAAUAAGUACUUCCUAGUGUUAUUAUUGAGGAAUAUCUAUAUGCAGACUAAUGGCUGAUGAAUGUAACCUUUUUUUAGAGCAAGCCAUUAUAAAUAAA